AUGAGAGAUGAGGGAAAUAUUAAUGCAUCUUUGAAUGAUGAAAAUGAAACUGAUGGCGUAGAGUCAUUGCAUACUAAAAAUGAAUCUGAUUUUGAGCAUGACUCUGAUGGUCGAGGAAAACAUAGAUGUCCUGAGUUUAACGAUGAAACUAAUAUGGAAAACCCACAGUUUAAAGUUGGAAUGAUUUUUGGUGAUAAGUUGAAGUUCAAAGAGGCUGUCAGGCAAUAUGGGAUUAAGAAUAGGGUUGAUGUUAGAUUCAAAAGAACUGACAGUGUUAAGGUGCAUGUUGUUUGCAAGGAAGGGUGUCUGUGGUAUAUUUGGGCAUCAAGGGUUGAUCGAAAAGAUGAAACAAACACCUCAUGGCAGAUUAAGUCUUAUGUAGGAGAUCAUAAUUGUUUGAUGGGUUUUAAAAAAAAUGCAACAUAUAAGUGGAUGGCUAAAAUAUAUCUUGAAAAAUUUAGGGCUAAUCCUCAGUACCCAAUUACAACUUUAAGACAUGAUGUAUUAGAAGAUCAUGUGUAUAAAGUGUCAUUGAGUAAAUGCUUGAGAGCUAAGCACUUAGCUCUUGAUAUGGUCCUUGGGAGUCACAAGGGUCAAUACUCAAAGAUAUAUGAUUAUCUUGGAGAAUUGAUGUCUUUUAAUCCUGGAAGCACAACCAUUCUAAAAUUGGAUAAUAUGGUGUUUGAAAGAAUGUACAUAUGUUUACAAGCAUGCAAAGAAGAUUUCAAAGGUUGUAGACCUAUAAUUAGCAUCGAUGGUUGUCACCUUAAGAGCUAUUAUGAAGGUACUCUUUUGGCUGCUGUUGGUAUUGAUGGUAAUGACAUCAUCUAUCUAAUUGCUUAUGUGUUGUUGAGUGUGAAAAUGAAUCAUCUUGGACUUGGUUCUUUUACUGUUGGCAACUAA